AUGGUAUUUAUACAUGUUUUACUAAAAACAUUUUAUACCGGUCUUGUUGAUCCAGAAGGUGGUUGGUGGCAAUUUGCCUAUUUUCUUUGCUAUGUAAAUUCAACAUUAAAUCCAUUAUUAUAUGCAUUAUGUAAUGCAAAUUUUCGUCGUACAUAUGUACGUAUAUUAACCUGUAAAUUUCGUCGUGGACAACAACCAAGUUCAAUUGGUUCAGCUGCAGCUGCUGUACAUCAUCAACGUCGUCAACAACAACAACAACAACAACGUGAACAAUUAAUUCAACAACAACAACAACAACAACAACAACAACAAGAUCAAUUAAAUCAAAAUCAAAGAUCAGUUCAUCGUAUACAUGGACAUAGUAUAAUUGGUCAUCAUCAUCAUCAUUCGCAUCAUCAUCAUUCACACCAUCAUCAUCAUCAUUCUUCACAUAAUCAGCCUCAUCAUCAACGUGAUCAACAACAACAACAACAACAACAAUCACAUAUUACAACAACAAAUGAAAAUGGUAAUAAUCAACAACAACAAUUAACAACAACAACAACAACGCCACCGCCUACAACAACAACAUCAUCAUCAUCUUGAUUACAGAAUUGAACAGAAUCUUUGUUCGAUUCUUUAACAUUUUGCCAAAUUGAAAUCUUUUUUUUUUUUUUUGAUAUUUUUAUCGUUUGUUGCACACACACCGACACACACAAAAUCAGGAUAAUUUACACAUCUUAUCUACUUACUUACUUACACACGACUUUUGUAUAUUUCAAAAAAAACGAGAAAAA